CCUAACCGGAGCUUUGCUUUGCUUUCUUGAAUAACGAGGUGGCUAACGUUAACGCUUUCCUCCCGAAGCAUGUGUGUACUUAAGAAAAUCCCACAGGGUCAUUAAGAGUUUCCUGUGCUCACCUGGCCUAAGACAAAAAAACAAACAAAAAAGUACCACACAGCAAACUAAUUGCAGGCAAAUUGGCUAUUAUGAAUAACGUUGAUAUACUCAAAAAUAAUGUGUAUGUAUUGCGUAAAACUGAAAAGAAAACCAUUUGUCAUCGGCUUGAAUGAAUUGAAACCUACAGUUGGGACUUCCCCUUUAAUCAUUUUUGUUUAUUGUAACACAAUACUGAGUGCUUGAUUUAAAGGUAACAGUUAAAGAUGGUGUGAAAAGGAGGAGGGCCUGUGAUGCUACAGCAGACAGCUUUAGGUACUGCUGGUGCCAUAGGCUUCAUUAGCAUUUUGUAUGGGCCUUGAGCAUUUUGUCCUUGCUGAACCAGUUUUUCCACUUCUCCACCGAUCAAGGAGCCAAGCGGUUUGAGCCUUUCCCAAUAUAAGCAGUUUAGUAUACAUGCUGAAAGCACUAUGCUGAGAAAACCGCAGUGUCUUUGUCACUGGUGCCUCAAGAGAAGGAUAUGCUGGGAUUUUUGAGGAAAAGAGGAGUUUUUUGGUUUUUUUUAAAUAGUUUAACAACUUAAAAUUCUUGGACUUUUGCAGGCUCCCAAUAUUCUGGACAGCUUGUAAAAGAUCACAGGAAAAUGCCGACUCAUUCGUUGCUGCCAUUUGUAAAUAGCCCAGAUGGGCUUGCCCAAGAUAUUCUUAUUAGUAAAGAUGCAUGCAUCCCAGGGCUGGGUUCUAGCAUGACACCGCACACCACCUACCCAGAAAAGACUGUGCUGCAACCUGAAGGAAGUGCGCUGCUGUACUGUAUGUUCUGUGAUGAAACUUUCACUCAUCAGGAUGAUCUCGGCCCCCACGUGUUAGCGCAGCACCCCACAACUUUCUCUGAACCGACUGUGCUUAGGGUUGAAGCAGAAUUCAGGAUCCCAGGAGAGAGACCCCGGGCCAAACAAAGCAGUCUUCCUGCUGAAAAAAACAAGGUUUACAGCUGUAUCCUGUGUGGUCAGAUAUCCCAAGAUGCCAGCGAGCUGGAGGCCCACAUGAGAAAGCACAAGGACUACUUUACUUACGGUUGCGAUGUUUGUGGGCGUCGGUUUAGAGAGCCCUGGUUCCUCAAGAACCACGUGAAGAUGCAUGCAAAAGCAAGUGCAAAGAACAAGGCCCAGCAAGACCCAGAGACCCCGGCUACAGUCAACGGUAUCAUCCAAGAGCCUCCUUCAGAGACUAUAGUCACUGCUUAUGAAAUGUGCAUGGUUUGUGGGUUUUUCUUCCCUGACCACGAUAGUUUGGUUGAACACAGUAAAAUACACAAUCGAGAGACACAGCAUGGAAAAGAUAAAAACAAUGAGAAGAUGAAUGAUGCUAAUGAACCCUCUGCCAAACAGGACACGUUUCUUCAGUUCCUAAACCUUCAGCCUCGCCCUCCAGGGAGGGAUUUGAAACCUGUGAGAUCAUCAAAAUGGAUUCCCCAGCUAGAUCCUGUCAACACAUAUCAGGCCUGGCAGCUCGCUACAAAGGGCAAGAUUGCAAUUGGGCCUAAUAAUACAAAAGAUGUAGGCCAGGAAUUCAGCACGGACAAUGACGAAUCUGGCUCUGAGAAGGAGGAGUUGAAUAAUAUUUGGACUGGGGGCCAAGGAGACAAGGCUGUGAAAGAAGUUGGGAGAGAGCUCCGGUCUCAGCAAAAGGCCGCUGUAAAAAUCCCAGACCCACAGCGAAGGUCUCCAGUUCAGAAAGAUAAAGAUAAACAAAGGCCAACCACUUGUGAGGAAUGUCAAAGAAACUUCAGGACCUAUCACCAGCUAGUUCUCCACUCCAGGGUCCACAAGCGUGAGAGAGGGGGUGAAGAAAGUCCAACCUCUUCUGUUGAUGGGAAGCUCUCAAGAGCAGGCUCACUGGAACAUGCAGAGGAAGGCUCCGAGGAGGGCUUAGAGGAGAAUUUGGGUUUGGGUGAAGACGCAUUUGAUCGAUCAAAUGGCAGAUCAAAAGAAUGCAGUUACUGUGGCAAAUCCUUCAGAUCAAGCUACUACCUCACAGUUCAUUUGAGGACUCACACAGGUGAGAAACCAUUCAAGUGUGCGUACUGUGAGUACGCUGCAGCCCAGAAAACUUCACUAAAAUAUCACCUGGAUCGACGCCACAAGGACAAGCCUUACGUGGAGAUCCCCAGCAGACCUGUGCCUUCGGUGCCCUCGCCUAGCGAUAAAAAAAAUGUUAAUGAUGCUGAAAAUCCUGCCCCAAAGAAAUCCUGUGUGCCUGCAGCCAGAAUGUGCAUCAGUGGACCAGCAGAGAGUGGACUGGACAGUGGAGAUUGCAAGCUUGGCAAGACACUCGUCCAAGCAAAUGCAACGCCUUCUUGCUCUCCGAAAGACGAUGCGCUCGGCAAGUGCUCUGCACCUGUUAACCUGAAGAAAAAAUGGGAGGAGACACAAGAAGAGAAGUGUGAGGCCCCAUUAAAUCUGUCCAUAAAAGUCUCCGUCUCCACACCUGCCAGUGCUGAGCCAAGUAAUGGUAUUGUUCCAACUGCCUGCUCAUUUUGUGCUUAUAAAACCAUCUACCCAGAGGUUUUGAUUAUGCAUAAAAAGCUGACUCACAAAGACAAGUCACACGUUACUAAAAAGAAUGGGUUUGGAAGGAAUAUAACUGAAAGUCGCCAUACAGGCUGCCCCCCUGCGCUCAAUGGCAAAGAUGUUACCCCAGUUCCGAUGUUUGAGAGGAGAUUCCCUCGUCGAACCAAGUCUCCACCCCCACAACCUGCAAAACCUCAAGAAAAAACGCCUGUUAACACACCUCCUGCUCCUAAGCCGUCCCCUGUCCUUCCCCCCAUACAAGAUGUCCAGGAGAUGCAGCGUUACAGACAGAGCACUGAGUCACGUCCCAGUCAGGAGUCCUCCAGGUAUACAGAACUCAUGAGAAAAACCAGCACAGGCAACAAGUAUGUCAUGGACAGAGUGGGCAUUGGUGAUCGAAGCUACCCAGUACGAAGUGGUGCCCUCUGGCACUCAGAUGCAGCUAGGCUGUGCCUGUCCAGCCGAUUUGGAAGCCUCCCCCAGAUGGACUUCGGUGAACCAUCCAGCAAGCGAUUGAAGUUCUCUGUGUCUAUAAACAGGGAAGCCGAGGCUGUCGAGAAGGCUGCAUUUAGAGGACCGCCAGCAGAUGGAUCUAACGGGCUGUUUAUUAAAAGAACUGCGAAACCUACAAAGCAAAUGUCAGGUCCACCCACGGCUCCUGAGAUUUUGGUUCCAGCAAAGAAUCCACCUAUGGCUAUUGGAGGCAGUUUGGAAUCUGAGUGGAGCAUGAUGAACCUUCUCCGCUCCUAUCCACCCCAUGACCUGGCAUCUCUCUACCACAGCAAUCCAGUAAAUCCCAGUCAUGCAGGACUGGCCAACCCAGGAGCAGGGAGCAGAACAAUGCUGUACCAACAUUUGCCCAGUCUGCCCACCCUGCCGAGGAGAGACAUUUCAGGCCUGUUCCCCAGCCAGCGCUGUGGGGGGGGCACUGACAAAAGUGCUUAAAGGUUGAUCAAUUUCAUGAAAAAAAACACAAAAGCCAGAUAAGAAUUUCUGAAAAUAACAUUGAAUUUGAUAUAAUUGAGAAUUUCAAGGGUUUUUUUCUGUCCUUGACAUAAACAGUGCUGCUGCCUUAUUUUUGGAGAACUUCUAGAAACAUUGUUUAGUGUACAUAUUUAGAAAGAGGGGUAAUGUGUGCUCACAGUGUGUCUAUGCUCCCUUAAUUUAAUGUGUUUUUGUUUUUUUUUCAACAGAAAAACAUCUGUGUUACAUAGACAUUUCAGGGUUAAGAUUUCAGAGAGGUGCAGAUAAUCUCUUAUUUGUAUAUAUUAUUCCAUUGGUGUGCACUGAUAUUUCUUUUUGUUAAUAAAUCUGUGUUUGACCCACACUAAUAUUCCAGUAUCUGUCUUAGCUGUAAAAGUUGUGUGUGGGAUAGAAUAAAAGUAUCUCUACAUAAAACUGUGAAGCUAAAAACCUAAGAAAAACCUAUGUGGAAAGAAAAAAAUGCUGCUCUGUUAAACCGCUGCACUGGAG